GCGGCCACUCGCGCCUCUGCUUUUUUUUUUCCUCUCCCCCCCCCUCCCCGCCUCCCAGCCGCGACGCUCUGGGGCUCCGCCGCCGACAUGGGCGCCGCCGCGUGGGCACCGCCACACCUGCUGCUGCUGCGGGCGUCUCUCCUGCUGCUGCUGCUGCCGCCGCUGCCGCUCCGGGGGCAGGCGGCGGGCUCCUGGGACCUGGCCGGUUACCUGCUCUACUGUCCCUGCAUGGGGCGCUUUGGGAACCAGGCCGAUCACUUCUUGGGCUCCCUGGCAUUCGCAAAGCUGCUGAACCGCACCUUGGCUGUACCUCCCUGGAUUGAGUACCAGCAUCACAAGCCUCCUUUCACCAACCUCCAUGUGUCCUAUCAGAAGUACUUCAAGCUGGAGCCCCUCCAAGCCUACCAUCGUGUUGUUAGCCUGGAGGACUUCAUGGAAAAGCUGGCACCCACCCACUGGCCCCCUGAGAAGCGGGUAGCAUACUGCUUUGAGGUGGCAGCCCAGCGAAGUCCUGAUAAGAAGACAUGUCCCAUGAAGGAAGGAAAUCCCUUUGGGCCGUUCUGGGAUCAGUUUCAUGUGAGUUUCAAUAAGUCGGAGCUGUUCACAGGCAUUUCCUUCAGCGCCUCCUACAAAGAACAGUGGAUCCAGAGAUUUUCUCCAAAGGAACACCCAGUGCUUGCACUGCCAGGGGCCCCAGCCCAGUUCCCUGUCCUGGAGGAGCACAGGGCCCUCCAGAAGUACAUGGUGUGGUCAGACGAGAUGGUGAAGACCGGAGAGGCCCAGAUCAGCGCCCACCUCAUCAGGCCCUAUGUGGGCAUUCAUCUGCGCAUUGGCUCUGACUGGAAGAACGCCUGCACCAUGCUGAAGGACGGGACUGCAGGGCCUCACUUCAUGGCCUCCCCUCAGUGUGUGGGCUACAGCCGCAGCACAGCGACCCCCCUCACCAUGACCAUGUGCCUCCCCGACCUUAAGGAAAUCCAGAGGGCUGUGAAGCUUUGGGUGAGGGCACUGGAUGCCAGGUCAGUCUACAUCGCCACAGAUUCUGAGAGCUAUGUACCAGAGAUCCAGCAGCUCUUCAAAGAGAAGGUGAAGGUGGUGAGCCUGAAACCUGAGGUGGCCCAGAUCGACCUGUACAUCCUUGGCCAGGCUGACCACUUCAUUGGCAACUGUGUCUCCUCGUUCACUGCCUUCGUGAAGCGGGAGCGGGACCUGCACGGGAGGCCGUCAUCCUUCUUUGGCAUGGACAGACCCUCUCAGCUGCGGGACGAAUUUUGAUCCCACCUGGAGCCCCCGGCCAGGUGUGGCAGCUCAGGGCGCUCCUGGGACUGCAAGCUCCUCUUCUCCCCUGCCAGAGAUGGAGACCAGAACCAGGGACUUCCUAGAAGAAGAAAGCAUUCCAUCCCCGGCACGGGCUCCACAGCCCUCCAGAGCUGCUCUUAGCUGCAUGUACUUCCCGGGAACACACACAUACAAAGCAGCCCACCUCUGGCUUGGGGCCUGCCCUGCUCUGUGCAGCCUGCAGUGCUGAGCUGUCUCUCAAGCACUUCCUUUAUAAAGAGGAAGAUUUUUUUUUAUAGGGUUUCUUGGCUUGGGGGUGGGGGUCAGGGAGGGAGGAAGGAAGGAGUGAGGUUAAGAUGAUCUCAUAGCCAGGCUGGCCUUGAACUCCUGGUCCUCCUGCCUCUACCCCUAAGUGCUGAGGUUACAGGUGUGUACAAGGAUACUCAGCUGAUCGCUAUAGUUUUGAUGCAAAGCCAUGACUACCUGAGACCCCCCUCCCCUUGUUUUUAAAAACCAGUGGAAUCCCUUAGUACAGAUACCUAAAGUGACCUUACAAAUACAGACAAAGCCAAGGGGCAGGUGGGCCUAUUAGCCACUUUUCCAGGGAUCCCCCAAAGGACUCUUAGACUCCUCCCCACUGCCAGACCCAGCCACCUUCAGCCCUGGGCUCCUCUGGUGACUGCUGCAGGCCACAGUUAGUAGUCGUGCUGUGCAGUACUCUGCAGCAGGUAAGUGCUCACACAGCCAGGGACGGACAGACGGACAGACAGACGGAUGCUGUUAGGGCCUCAGCACCAUCACUGAGCUGGUGGGGAUAGCUAGGCAAGCAGGGUGCUCUGAAGGCUGCUGUCUGUAAGAUCCUUCUCCCAGCCUCUGCCUGUGGUCUCGGCCCUCACGUAGCUAUUCUUCCAGGACUGCUCGCCAGGCCUCCAUUAGUGCAUAGAAGCCUUGUGAAGCCCCAGCUUGGAAGCCGCAGUGUGGUGAGGUCCUUCUGAGGCUGCAGUUCUCGUUCCUGAGAGUCUUGAUUGGGUAGAUCUAGAUCCUGCCUACACAGGGACACUGAGAGACUGGGGCUUCAGGGGUGGCCGUGCUGACCAUCUUGACCGGCACAGGAUUCCUGAAGAGCAGGCGCUGGGGCUCUUGCCUGUGGCGAGCACUGUACUCUUUGUCCCAGUUUCUCCCCUCUAAGUGUUGCGUCUGACAGGUUAUAAGCUUCUAGUCAGCUAGUGUGCGUUAUAAACAUGAAAGAGACCAUGUCCCCUAUGUGGCCAUUGUGGAAUUAAACUGCUGCUUAUUGCUGGCUCAGCCAGGCCAGGCACUGUGCUGGUGCCUUAUGGGCAUCCUCUUGCUUACUUUGGCCCUGGUAUUUUCCCUCUCUUUUUGAUGAAAGAGAGAAUUAUUCUCCCAGGGCUGCACAGCUGUGGAUGAUAAGCCAGAUCUGACCUUAGGAUUGCGUUCUCUCCACUCCUAAACUGUUGCUACCCAGGACACUGCACUGUAGGACACCUGGGGAAAUGGUGGGCCACCCUGGCUGCUGCUGCUGCAUACCUGCUGUUGGCUUCUGCUGCCAGCUCCAGUAAGAGACACAAGAAACAGGAAGCCCACCAGCAGCUUCCAGCCCUCGGGGUAGUUACCUGGUUUCAUUCAGGAAGUGUUUACUGAUCACCUACUGUGUGCAGAGAAGGACAGGUGCAGCAGAGAAAGCCUCCAAAGAGGGUUGCAUUCAGAAAAGAAGAGAAGUACUGUGAAGGAAAGCCAAGGGUAUGGGGACAGGGAAGCCAUUUUAAGUAAAAGGAGAACUUCCUCAGCUCAGGAGGCUGCACAUUGCCAGCAGCAAGCAUGGUGCCUGCCAAGGCCCUGAGGAGCGAGCGAGGGAACAGCGGUAGACAGGCAGAAAGGACAUUCCAUGCACGGAACUUUGUUUGGGGCCACCGGGCCUCCCCACGGGCUUCGGACAGAAGGAGGAUCUGGCCUGUGUUUAUGAGGAAAUGGAGGAGGGGGGGGCCGAAGCAGAGCUGGUGCUGGCUUGAGUGGGUGACCAGCCCACUGGCCUGGAGGUGGGAGAAGAACUGCAUUCUGAGUGUACCGAGUUGUUUUUGUAAUUCCCUUUUUACAAAGAUCCCAAUCUACAUGACCAGGCAGUAUAUUCUGUUUAAUGUCGGGUUUUUACUUAACUACACAUCAUGUUUUCACUGUUCACACAUAGCUGAGUAAAUGCUUUUAAUUAUGUGAAUUUCCACUAUUUCCCAUAUUUGUGAUUCACCUACUAUGAGACAUUCAGUAUGUUCCCAGUUUUUACUAUUGUGAUUUUAAAAUAGCUACCUGCAAAGCUUUUUCUUUAAGAUACAAAUUAGGAGCUGAGCUGUAGUAGCUCAUGCUUUUAGUCCCACCCAGCACUUGGGAGGGAGAGGCAAGUGGGUCUCUGAGUUUUGAGUUCAAGGCCAACCUGAUCUACAGAGCAAUUUCUAGGACAGCCAAGGCUACACAGAGAAACCCUGUCUCAAAAACAAACAAAUUAUGAUAAAUUCCCAGAAGUGAAUUUGUUCAAUAUAAGACUUUAUAUCAUAAGAAUAUUCAAUUGUGCACAAAAAUUGUGAAUCUAAUAAACUGAGCUCACAGUA